GUUCCGCACGUGUAACUAAGAACUAUAGUUGCAUCAGAAAUCUGUAUUUAUCAACGAUUUCGCGUGGCGCCUUCGAAAGACUCUACAACCAGAACAUUGCAUCAGAUCGUUGACGAAACAGUCUCUUUACGAAUAAAGACCUUCAAGCAACAUGUGUGGGAUCUGGGCUAUCUUUGGUAUUCAUGACUAUCACAAGUACACAACAUCUUCAAUGGCCAUCAAAGGGCGUGGCCCCGACUGUUUCCGUAUGGAGACCAUACCGCAUUUCAGCAACUGCUGCCUAGCUUUCCAUCGCUUGGCUGUUGUUGAUGACUUGUACGGUAUGCAGCCAAUGAGGAUAAAAAAGCUUCCUCACCUUUUCCUCAUCUACAACGGGGAGAUCUACAACCACAAACAAGUAGAGGAGAAAUUUGGCUUUGAUGUGUUCACACAGUGUGAUGGGGAGGUGAUUCUUCACCUUUAUGACAAGUUUGGUGCAGAGAAAGCAGCUCAGAUGCUAGAUGGAGUGUUUGCAUUCUGUAUUAUCGAUACCAAGAAAAAGCAGGUUCACCUUGGUCGAGACACAUUUGGUAUCAGGCCCAUGUUUACCUUGAAACAAGAAGAUACAAAACCUACUGUUCUUGCCAUCUGCUCCGAAGCAAAGUCCCUAACUGAGAUAGAGAAGACAUUUACAGGAAAUGGCCACAAAAUGCAGCUGGAGACAUUUCCUCCAGGACAUUAUCACUCCUACAGCCUUGGUGCUAAUGGCCAAGUGGCCCUCCUAGAAAGUGGUCCCUACACAUACAUAGGCAAGCCGCCUGUCUUUGACACAGGUGUGGUCCCCGUUAGAGACACUAUGGAAAAUAUCAGGCUGUAUAUGACUCAGGCCGUUAAAAAACGAUUGAUGGCUGACAGACGCAUUGGUUGCUUUCUCUCUGGUGGCCUGGACUCUAGCUUGGUAGCUGCUCUACUCACCAAGGAAGCAAAGAAUGCUGGGAUAGACUACCCCAUCCAGACGUUCUCUAUUGGAAUGGAGGGAAGCCCAGAUGUAGCUGCUGCACGUAAGGUUGCAGCACACAUUGGGUCUGAGCAUCAUGAAGUAACCUUCACCCCAGAAGAAGGUAUUCAAGCCCUACAUGAUGUGAUAUAUGCUCUCGAGUCCUAUGACAUCACCACUAUCCGGGCGUCUGUUCCGAUGUACCUGGUUGCUAAGUAUGUCAGUGAAAAUACAGACACUGUGGUAGUGUACUCGGGCGAGGGUUCAGAUGAGCUCUGCCAGGGCUACAUAUACUUCCACAAGGCCCCAUCUCCGGAGGAAGGCGACAAAGAAUCUCUGCGGCUGUUGAAGGAUCUCUACCUCUAUGAUGUCCUUCGAGGUGACCGGAGUACAGCAGUGCAUGGGCUUGAGAUAAGAGUGCCCUUUCUUGAUGUCGCCUUCACCUCCUACUUCCUGUCUCUACCCCCUGCAGAGCGUCAGCCGAAAGAAGGGGUGGAGAAAUGGUUGUUGCGUGCUGCAUUUGAUGGAACUGGUCUCCUCCCUCAUGAAAUCCUGUGGCGGCCAAAAGAGGCCUUCAGUGAUGGAGUCACCUCUAACGCUCCUGGCAAGUCCUGGUUUGAGAUUCUCCAAUGUUAUGUAGAAGAUCAUGUAGCUGAUGAGGCGCUUGCAAAGGCAAGCAAGCUAUACCCAUUCAAUACACCUCGCACCAAAGAGUCAUUUUACUAUCGGUCAGUAUUUGAGGAGCUGUUUCCUGGUCACCAUGAGCUUAUCCCAUAUAUGUGGCUGCCACAGUGGACUGGAGCAACUGAUCCGUCUGCCCGUACUCUGUCUCAUUACAAAUGAGCCUUUCAACUCAACCCUCUCAGGAGCAUGUCACACUUUGAGUGUACAUUUCAAAGUAAAGUAAAGAGCUUAGUUUCUCUUGAA